CAUCAUGUCCCUCCACACGAUGAGCCUGGCCGGCCUCAUCCAAGCUACCAAACCCUCGACGCGCAGGCGCAGCAGCAGCCGGCGGAAUCCCCCUUCCCUCCCCUUCUGCCUCCGCCUUCUCCGCGAACACGCACGGAGCACACGGCAACCGCGCGCACGAAUCCAUCCCUCAUCGAUCCACUCCUCCACCUCCUCUUCCAUUCCUAGGGCUUCCUCAUCUUCAGCGGCCGGCGCCGCCCCGAGUAGCGCCGCCCUGCAUUUCUGGGAGGGAAUCCGCCUCGUCUGCAUCGCGGGGAGCUUCGCAGGCGAGAUUUGGCAGGCUGGUGUCUCUCUAGGAGGCGCUGGUUGGAUCAUUACCGCGUGAUUUCGCAACCGAGCGGCUGGUUUGAAUCCGGGGGGACGGGAUUGGUUGCGUGAGAGGAGAGUCUCGAUUCCGCGGCGGUUGAGGCGGCAAAUUGUGGAGAUUUUUGGGUUUUCGGCGCGGAUUGGUGGUCUCUAGGGGUUUGCUAGUUACUACCUGCUUGGAUUAGGUGGACUAGGGUUUGGGCGCGAGCGAGCCAAUGGCGGGGUCUCUCAGCGCCGGCAGGGCAGCGCCGCGGUCGUCCACGAGGCGGUACAGCGGCACCGACCCGCCACUGUCUCUGGCCGGGCCGACGGUGGCCGAUCUCCAGAGGACAGCCGAGUUGGAGAAGUUCUUGGUUGAAGCAGACCUUUACGAGGGGAAGGAGGAGUCUUUGAAGCGAGAGGAGGUUCUAUGCGAGAUUGGUUGGAUAGUCAAGGAAUGGGUGAAGAAGAUGGCUAGUAAAAAAGGAUAUGCUGAGCAAUUGGUUGAACAAGCAAAUGCAGUCCUUUUCACUUUUGGGUCUUACAGAUUGGGGGUUCAUGGGCCAGGGGCUGACAUUGAUACCCUUUGUGUUGGACCUUCAUACGUGAACCGAGAGGAGGAUUUCUUUGUCACACUACAUGGCAUAUUAGCAGAAAUGAAAGAAGUGACCGAGCUGCAACCUAUACCUGAAGCUCAUGUACCUGUUAUGAAAUUUAAGUAUCGUGGGAUAUCAAUUGACCUUCUCUAUGCCAGUCUCUCUCUUUCAGUAAUACCACCAGAUUUUGAUAUUUCUCAAGGAUCUGUGCUUUGUGAUGUUGAUGAAGCAACUAUUCGAAGUCUUAACGGGUGCAGAGUGGCAGACCAGAUUCUGCGGCUUGUUCCAAAUGCUGAGAGCUUCCGGACAACACUCAGAUGCUUGAAGCACUGGGCAAAGAGAAGGGGUGUUUAUUCUAAUAUUACCGGUUUCCUUGGGGGUGUCAACUGGGCUCUACUGGUAGCUCGUGUCUGCCAACUCUAUCCUAAUGCUGUGCCAAGUAUGCUGGUUUCUAGAUUCUUUAGAGUUUUUACCCAGUGGCAGUGGCCGAAUCCAGUGAUGCUUUGUGCCAUUGAGAAUGAUGAUCUUGGUUUUUCUGUAUGGGAUCCACGUAAAAAUCCUCGUGAUAGAAGCCAUCUUAUGCCCAUAAUCACACCAGCCUACCCAUGCAUGAACUCUAGUUACAAUGUUUCAACCAGCACGUUGAGGGUUAUCAUGGAGCAAUUUCGGUUUGGCAAUAGAAUGUGUCAGGAAAUUGAACUUAAUAAGGCCAAUUGGACUGCUUUGUUUGAGCCUUUCCAUUUUUUUGAGGCAUAUGGCAAAUUUCUAGUGGUUGACAUAGUUGCAGAGGAUGAUGAUGAUCUUCGGCUUUGGAAAGGGUGGGUUGAGUCUCGAUUGAGACAACUAACUUUGAAGAUUGAGCGGGAUACUAAAGGAAUUCUGCAAUGCCAUCCUUACCCAUGUGAGUAUGCAGAUCCUGCAAUACAGUGUGCACACUGUGCCUUCUACAUGGGUUUAUCAAGGAAAGAGGGGAUGAAAAUAUGUGGUCAAAAGUUUGAUAUCCGUGGAACAGUAGAUGAGUUUAUGCACGAAAUUGGCAUGUAUACAUUGUGGAAGACUGGAAUGGAUCUAGCUGUCACCCAUGUCUGCAGGAAGCAGAUCCCAUCGCAUGUAUUUGAGCAAGGAUACAAGAAACCUUGUCCUCCUUUGCAUGCAAACCAGCAAGAGCAGUCUGAUAAAAAUGAUGGUGAAGAUUGCACCAUGAGUGCAUAUCUGGAGGGCCAGCUUAAGAGGAAGUAUGAUUCCGAUGGAGAUGGCCAUGUAGAAUCGUGCAAAUCUGUUAAAAGGGCUUCAGUAAGUCCACCUUGCGAGGGAACCCCACCUCAGCAUGGAAAUAGUGUCAGUAAAAUCCUAUGUGACAGUCCGGUCAAAUUAGUUUCCAGUGUUCUUUGCAGUGGGACUCAGACUUCUCUGUUGCAUGAUGAUGUAAAUUUAGAACAAACACACUUAACUAGUUCACCACAUGGAUUAACUAGUUCACCACAUGGAUCUGAGGAUACCUCAGCAUCAGACACAAGCUGCGCAGCAGUGGGGGCAGUUGUUUUGGCUGAUGAAUCUAGCAAGCUUGGUAGCUUGAUGUUCAAUGUUGAAAUUGACACAAUUCAGACAAUGGCAGGUCACACAGCUUUAAAAUGUGUGGCUGAGAAGGAUGAAACAAAGCUUGAAGGAAUCAGAAGCUUGGCAAGCAGCGAUUGUGCUGAGUUUUCAGAGAGGGCAGAAGUUUUCACUGAAACGGUUCUUGCUGAGAAUGUACACUUAAGUGGGGAUGAAGUGAUUUGAAGUGGCAUUUCAGAUAGAGGUUUUGCUUCCUAUACAUGCUUCCUGUCCAAUUAAGAUUCUAUUUUGAUAUGAUCCGAAGUUCUGAACUCUAUGCUUGCUCUUUUAUUUCUCUUUUUUUUUGGUCUACAACAUCGAUGAAAAAUGUGAUUGAAUUGGUUCAAAAGGUGAUGCAGGUGUGAAAUCGGAUGAUGGCGCUAGAGAGGCCAGAAAGCAUAGCUGAGGCAUGUCUAGUAUCAGAAUCCUUCUGCCUUAAGCAUCUAAAACGCUCUAUUAUUAUUCAUACUGUGCUUUGGUGCCUGUUUCUUUAUGAAAGGACUAAUAUGCCGUUGUCUACAAGUGGAGGACCGUAUGAAGGGACAAUGGCUGGUGGCUGCUGGAUGGAGUUAAGAGUUUCACACAUGUGGUCCGUAAGUUGGCUUUGUUCACGAGGAUUGCUUUUGCUCGCUCUGAUGAAGCUGGUGUAAAUCUUACAGCGGCUGUAUAGUGGAAAAGUAAUCCCUUAAUUGCUUUUGAGAGGGAUAAUGAUGAGAUCCACAUCUGAGAACCAUGGUGGUCAUGCAUGUGCAUCUCACGCAACAAAUUACCAAGCUUCUAGUUUAGGCAAGGUAGGGGGAUUGUGAUUGUGCUUGUAGGUGAAACUGGGUAGGCCUUGCUGCUGUAUGCAUAAUUUUAGAUCUGCCUUAUGUAUGGGUCUAGGGUUCUAGGUUAAUUUCGUGCAGUUAUUGUCAUCGGUGAAUUAUGUAUACACAAAUCAUCUGUAAUUACUGAGUCAUGUACGUCAGUUACUUAUAUAUUGAAAGAAGUGCAUCAAGUUUUGGCCAA